CCCCGCUCGCAGCGGCUCGGCGGGGCCGGGAAGGCUGCGGGGGGAGGAGGCUGCCGGCAGAGCCGGGCGGCGGCAGGGCAGGAGGCGGCGGCCGCGGCCCCCGCCGCGAUGGGCGAGCGCUGCCGGCGGCGCUGAGCGCCGCGCUGCCCCCGCGCUGCCCCGCGAUGAGCGGCGGCGAGGUGGUGUGCGCGGGCUGGCUCCGCAAGUCCCCGCCGGAGAAGAAGUUGCGGAGAUACGCAUGGAAGAAACGCUGGUUUGUCCUGCGCAGCGGUCGGAUGAGUGGUGACCCUGAUGUCCUAGAAUACUACAAAAAUGACCACUCCAAGAAACCCUUGCGUGUUAUCAACCUCAAUUUCUGCGAGCAAGUGGAUGCAGGACUGACCUUCAACAAGAAGGAGCUGCAAGACAGCUAUAUCUUCGAUAUCAAGACGAGCGACAGGACCUUCUACUUGGUGGCUGAGACAGAGGAUGACAUGAACAAGUGGGUUCGCAGCAUCUGCCAGAUCUGUGGCUUCAACCAGUCCGAGGAGAACACAGAUACCCUGAGAAGCAUCGCCUCCAUGAACCAUGCUCCACGUUCCUCCCCAGCCGAGCUGAGCAGCUCCAACCACCACCUGCUCCGAGACCGCAAGUCCUCUGCGCCGUCCCACUCCAGCCAGCCCACCUUGUUCACCUUCGACUCUCCGGCCAACCACAUCCAGACCACCCUGUCUGCCAGUGCCCCUCAGGACUACCUUUUCCUGCACCAGUGCAUGAGUAGAAAAUCAGAAAAUGCAAGGAGUGCCAGUUUCUCCCAAGCCACGAGGUCCUCGUUCUUCAUGAGGAGUGACACAGCUGUUCAGAAGCUCUCCCAGGGCAACGGACACUGCAUGAAUGGCGUCAGCGGGCAAGUCCACGGCUUUUAUAGCCUGCCAAAACCCAGCCGACACAACUCAGAGUUCAGGGACAGUGCAUACGACCUCCCGCGCAGCUUCGGUUCCUACACCCACACCAAGUCGAGCCUCACAAGCUCUGAAACGGAUAAUGAGGAAGUCUAUACCUUUAAGACUCCCAACAACACCCUAUGCAAGGAGUUUGGGGAGCUCUCCACAGACUCCUACGACAUCCCUUCCACCCCUCUCUCCGUCUAUCAGAUCCCCAGGACAUUCACACUGGACAAGAACCACAAUACUCUGGCUGUGGCCGCCAGUGACUCACCCGCCGCACCACCCCCGCGGCCCCCGAAGCCCGGGCAGAUGGAGCCGCGGUGGGGCAGCCCUCCACAGAGACCCCAGGCCAGCGAAAGCUUAGGGCUGGCCCCCAUGGCAGCCACCAUUCCCAGGAGAAACACGCUACCGGCGGUGGAGAACAGCAGGCUACACAGAGCUUCUUCUUGCGAGACAUAUGAAUAUCCCCAGCACGGGGGCAGCAGUGCUGUGCAGUCAGUUGAGUCUAUGAACGACGGGUACAACUCCUACCUGCAAGCCAAGGCUGCAGUGGCCCGCUCCCACAGUGCGGACUCUGAGGACAACUACGUCCCGAUGAACCCCGGUUCAUCGUCACUGAUCCACACGGAGAAAACCAAUGACAAUGCCCAAAAUCUCUACAUCCCCAUGAGCCCUGGGCCGCAUCACUUUGACUUGGUAGGGUUGUCCUCAACCACCCUCCCAGUGCAUAAAGGAGGAGCCAUGGCGCAGUGCCACAGACGGUUGAGUGAGAUCCAGCCCCCACCAGUCAACCGCAACCUUAAACCUGACCGGAAAGCAAAGCCAUCGCCUCUGGACCUGAGGAACAACACAGUCAUUGAUGAGCUUCCCUUCAAAUCACCAGUCACUAAGUCCUGGUCCAGGCCUACCCAGACUUUCAACUCGGGCUCUCUGCAGUACUGCCGCCCUGUCUCCUCACAGAGCAUCACCAGCACUGACUCAGGAGACAGCGAGGAGAAUUACGUGGCAAUGCAAAACCCCAUUUCUGCUUCUCCUGUUCCUAGUGGCACCAACAGCCCAGCACCUAAAAAGAGUUCAGGGAGUGUGGACUACCUGGCCCUGGACUUCCAGCCAAGCUCGCCAGGACCACACAGAAAGCCCUCCACCUCGUCGGUUGCCUCGGACGAGAAGGUUGAUUACGUGCAAGUGGACAAGGAGAAGACGCAGGCGCUGCAGAGCACCAUGCAGGAGUGGACUGACGUGAGACAGUCCUCGGAGCCAGCCAAGAGCACGAAGCAAUAGUGCCAGCAGCGGCCCAGGACAGGCAUCCAGACAGGCAAACGUCCAAGCAGUUUUUCCCAGGCUGGGGCCCCGUCUGGGGUUGCCAGCACCGCUUGGGCUAGUUUCUAAGACUGUUGUCUGCAGAAGGGAGGGGGAGUUCAUUAUUUUUUCCUUUAAGACAAAAUGAAACUUAAUUUCAGGGGAAGACUUGGCAGAUACUGUUUGCCAGUGAUAAAGACCAACUACGUUCGGUGGCUAGGUUUGUGCUUUAGCUGCUGGUUUCACUAUCCAGGAACUUUAACUUAGCAAUACCAGGUUUUGCCCUGCACAUCUUUUGCUUACAGCUAUCAAAGCCACCUUGUAUGUGCUAACACUGCAUCAUCUCUCCCCCUCUUCUUCCUUACUGUACCCCCAAACCAUGCCGUGCAGGUUUGGCAGCAUCUCUCAUAGGACAUCAGAUCCCCAGCUCAGAUUCCCAUGCUCCCUCCAUAUGGUUUCCCUCUUCUCUGGCCCCUCCUACCCCAUCCCAAAACUGAGCAAGGACCAUUCCCAUAUGCCUUUACUUUCAUCGUCAUAUUUCUUGUAAAUAAUGAUGUUCAAAAUGUCUGUGAGCUGUUCUUCUCUUGGUUGGUAGGACAGCCCCCAUGUUUAUGGUUGUGGUUGUUAAACUGUCAGGAGCUUGAAGAGUGUCCAAACCCACCAACUGAGCUGGCUCUGAAGCCCAGAACUCACCCCCCACCGUACAUGUGCAAACAUGCCAGCGCAUGCUCACAGACGCUCGCACACACAUGCAUGCACACAUGAAACAGCCAGGUUUGUUGGGGUGUCUUCUUUUUCCGCUGAUGCUUUCCAAGAUCUCUCAAAGACAGUGGGUUGGAGAGAUCAGCUUCUGACUGCAGAAUUUAAGUUCUGACCACCACCUGUUUGAAGCCAAUUACCCUUGAAUCUGGCCCUAGGAACUAAAUUCUGCCCUUCGUGGCAGCAAGAGAAGCCCGUAGAGGGAGAGUCCUGCGUCCGUGGCCAUCAUGAGAGGCUCUGCGGUUGACUGCUAGGAGCAGGAGAGGCUCUGGAGACCCUUGUGUAUCGUGACUGGCAUGAGGAUGAACAAGAGGAAGGGGCUGUGAGGCUGUUUGGGAGGACAUGGAGAAGGCAGAUGCUGUGCUGGAGAGGUCGGACUUGGGAAAGGGGACUGACGGGGUGUUUCUUGGAGGAACGGAGCGGAGUAACUGAGAUGUCGAUCGGUGGUGAGGCCUUAGGCUUGGGAAGAGGCUGUGCAGGAGAGGCAAGGCAGAGCGGGCAUUUGGGUGUUUUCCUGUAAGCUUUAAUGUUGCACUAGCCUGCACAGGUGUGCUGGGUGCAAAGGGCUGAACUAGGUGUUUUCUCCCUGUCUUUAAUUGCAAUAAUUCUAUUGUUUCUUCGACAUAGCUAGGCGACUUGCUGAUGUUAACAACCCUGGACUCCAACUAAUGAUGGGAGCCUGCUGUUCCCCCUCCCAGCCUGCUGGACAUGUCCAGGCUUUGGGAUCACUCCCUGAGCAGCUGCUGGGCUCAGAGAGUCGAGAAGGAAGAGGCAGCUUAUUGCAGAGAUAAUAAUUCAUGAUCUCAUAAAAACAGGAAGGACUAAUGAUUGUCAUGUAGCAGCAUGAUUGCCAGACUGCGAGCGUGGACACGGAUAAACAGGCUGACCACGAACUGAGAGCCAAACGAGACACAUUAGUAAGAUUAGGUAAUAAUACUUAUUAAAUAGCUUGGACCAGCUAUUCUUUCUUCAAGCUGAACUCCUCCCAACGCCACUGGCUGGAUGUUUCACCAACACCACCAAGGAAAGCAAUCACUACUGCUGAUUAUUGAUACUUAGACAUUAACACAUCUCUUUAAUCCUGGCCUGAGUUUGGAAAGAGCCAGAUAUGACCCACAAGGGCCUACGACACAUGCCCCUUUAGAGCUGGAUGCUGCCUUGCAAACUUCCAGCACCAGUUUAGAUCUUCUCCCUUACCAUGAAAAGGGAGGAUAUUAGUGGAAAAGCUCUGACGAUCUUUUAAUACAUUGCAAUGUUGGCCUUCUACAGGAAUAAUAAAUCAAAUAUCCUAAUGCUCAUGAUAAAAAUAAGAGUCAUCUAGAAAAAAAAACAAAAGCAAAAAGAAAGGGAAAGAUUUAGCCCAGCCAUAUGCUUUCUGAAGGUCAGGGAGUUUGUCACAGCCUGCAAGGGCCUUUGCCUCACAUUGAGGGCUUGCACGCUUGCAUAGUGAGAUAAUAAAAUGAAGAACAGAGUGCAGUACUUUGUAUUUCUAUAGCUCCUUUCAUCACCACAUCUCAGGGGAGACUAAAUAUUGGGCCCAAUCCAGAGCCCACUGAAGUCAUUGUAAAGCAUCCCAUGAAAUUCUGUGAGCUCAUUAAAAAGACAUGGACAGACUGUCUGGUCUUGGCAUCACACGAGUGCCUGAGAAACGGGGAGAAUAAGCAGAAAGAAAUGCUGAGCCCACUGACCUGUUUUACAUUCACCUAACCGAGGGCGUUGGGCAAUGCAACACUACCAACAAAAGCACCGUUCCUGCUGAAAAGCAAAUUUGACUUCAGCAGGAAGCCAAUUUUCCUGUUUAAUCCUCCAAACUAUUAUAAUGAACACAGAGGAAGAUCAGGUCGGGGGAGAAGGGUUGCAGCACACGCUCACUGGCCUAUACUGGUGAAUGUAUUUACUCACCCCAUAUCACACCAAAAUGCAGCCGCCUCUGGUGUGGAUUGCGGCAGUAAUUUUAAGAAUAACCUCAUGCACAUAUCCAGUUAUUUGAGGCACAAUCAGAAAUUUACUUCCCUUUUGCAUGAGCAGUGUUGAAAGGAGAGGAGCUCUGGAAUUGCCAAAUAAUAUUUGUCUGCUGCAUCCUAAAAGCAGGGAAGCAAGGGGGAAGCCGCAGCAAUGUUUAUUUCUGAAGAUACGGUGGCUCGAUGGGCAAAAUAACAAGUGGGAUGCUGUUUGCUGACCCAGUGUCCUUCAGUUGUGGGACUGGAUGCAGUACCCACUCCCAGGUUCAAUCCCAAGGGGUAAUUGAGAACUAGAGCGCCCUUUGUGUUACAGGAGAAACUAGUCCUUUUCCUCCAUUUCCCACAAAUGUCCCCGUUUGUUCACGGGACAGACACUGUCAGACCCAAGGCAUGGGAUAUCUCUUUUCCCCAGCUGAAAACUUUCAAUGAUUUCCAUGUCAAACUGUCCAAAUGUCAGGAUUCCUUUCAUGAGCAUCCCCAGUAACUGGCCCUUUAUGUUUAGCAGCCCAAAGGUUCCCAAAAUAGCUACUUUGCAACCGCUGGUUGUGGCGAGGUCUAUGUUUGCCCUUUCACGUUGGUCAGAAACAGACCUUUUCCUCUGUUUUUUCCUGCUGAGCACUAAACAUGCGGCCGUACACACUAAAUAGUAACUGUGCAUUGCACUGCCUCAUCCCUAUAGAUGUAGCUCUACUAACUCUUCCUGAGCCCGAAAGCAGUCAAGUAAUCAAUGGCUGCAGUAGAAAUAGUCAUUCCUGAUGGUUGCUGAGCUGAUUACACCAGUCCCCAAUGAUUAAUGUUUGGGAAGUAUUUAGUGUUAAACCAUAUUGAAAAGCAGCUGGUUUAAUUACAUGGACUGCCAAGAACUUUAUCCUGAAGGCAUUAAGUUUAUCACAGCCACUCUAUACUUGGAUGCUCAACUGAGACUGACUCUUUUGUUAGAAAUAGGUAUUUUAGGAAGCAGAGAACAUUGCAAAUGAUUCAUCUGAAUUGCAAGCAAAAGGUCUGGCUUGAGUCCAUAUGUCAAAGCCUGUUCUUCAGCUGGACUGUCCCAUUUAAGAAAAGGGCUGUGUAUGUAUGUAUGUGUGUGCGUGUGCAUGUGUGUGUGUGUGUUCAUGGAUGAAGGUUGAAUGUCUGACAAGCAUCCUGACCUUUGCUUACUCUUAAGAAGUAUCAUGGCCAAGGCACAAAGCUUUCCCCUCUUUCAAAGCCGGUACUUUUAAAGGCAGUAUGUUUCCAAAAGUGUGUGUCCCUUGUUGUGAGUGACCAACUGUUGCUCCCAGCUAUUCUGGCUCUUGAGAUGUAUGAGCUGCCUUGUAAUCGAUUUGCUCAGAAUUGCCAUUUUACUAUUUGGUGGGAAAUAAAUUUCCUGCUAUAAGUGGAUGCCAGACUUAGGCUUAGUCUGAAGUAGGAGAAAGAAAAUGUGCGUGUGAGCGGACUGUGCAGGGGCAAAGCUGAGUGUUGGACAGACAGAGCCAAAUCUGGAGCCAGCACCGAAAGGUGACUGAGGCUUGCGGUUGCAGGGGGCUAAUCAGGAUGGAUUUAGGACAUAGGGCCAGCAGCUGCUGAGGAGAGUCGUAUCCAGGAGCAUGUGGUUGGGAGGAGAUAAAGUGGAGGUGUUUGCCAGUGAGGUUUGAAUCUUGGUCUUCACACAAUCCAUCCUUGGCAUGAGUUACAAGUCAGAUUUUAACAGAGGUUUGUUCGUUGUGGAGAGGAGCUUCUGAUCACUAAAGGUCCUGUGCUGCCUCAAGGGGAGUGCUCCAUCCACUCCUGGGUCUUACCCGGGGUGAUGUAGCUUCUGGUGGUCCUGCAUGACUCGCCCGAAUGGGGUACCCCUGCACCCAAGGCCAUGGCACUCCUGUCCUGUCAGGGAGCCCCAGGACGUGCGCCCCAGCAUGCAGCUGCGCAGGAGAAACCCUCAGAGGAAAGUGGUGGGGGCCCAAAGCCCAGGCAAAGCUAGUGGUGAGAUCAAUGCCCAAAGGGGCGAGGGCUGAGCCCCGCUCUGCCUGCAAGGUGGAGGGUGCCCUCCUCUGCAUCUCUCUUGGGCUGGUCGGCAUGCAGCAGUGUCGCAGUUUUGGCCAAGCACAGGGUGCCCAGAGAGGUUGUGCCAUCUCCACCCUUGGAGGCUUGCAAGACCCAACUGGAUCAAGCCCUGAGCAAUGGGGUCAGAUUCCAUCCCUGACCCUGCUUUGAGCAGGAGGUCAGACUAGGGACCUCCCGAGGUCCUCCUAGUGUCCUAUUAGCAUCCGAAACAGGACCAGGACCUCUUCUCCAGCUAUGAAGCCAAGCAUCAAUGCACAACUCAUAUACCUAAGGCUAAAUCUGCCCCUGGCAAAGUGGCCUAAUCCACCCUGGGGCCAUCCCUUGGACCUGGGAGAGGGCUGCCUGGCCCAGACCAAGGCACACAGGAGACAGGCAGUCCAGGGUGACCAGAGGACAGCUCAGGGCUGUUGAAUUUAUUAGGAUAGACAUCACUCAGGGCUCACUGGAGCCCUGCACAAGCCCCAGCACCCCGGGUCUGCACUCCCUUGAGCCUACCAUGAAAAGCUUGCUCCUUUUGGCAACCUGCUGAGACACAGAGACGAAGUUCAUACCGAUAGGGGAAGAGCUGGCUGUCAAGGCUGCAGGGCUGCAGGUUUUUCACCUGAGGCCAGUGGUCCUGCGAGGCUCAACACUACAAGCAGGUCUUCUUGGGAAAUGAGGGGGCUAGAGUGGUGCCAGUAUCUCAGGUGUCAUUAGACUUUAGUAGAAAGAAGUUCCAAUAGCUCCUGGGUCCUGGCUGAUCUUUCUGGCCUGGUAGAGGAAUAAGAGGAUGGUUUCCUGAACCACUUGGUAUUGUUUCAGUAUUUUCCUAGCUUGUGAUGUUGCUAUUCCAUUUAAAAGCUGCACUUCACCUCACGUUGUAGGGAUGGCUUCUGGAUAAGCCCAGUGCCAUUGCGGUAUGCCUGUGGAGAAGCCCCAUUUGUAAUGGGAAGGGCAAAGAGCAGAACCUAACCUAGUCCCCAGCUGGGGUAUGGGGCCAAAGGAAACACUUGGCCAUCAGAUAGCCAUCACUGCUGUGUGAAUACCUGAGCAACUCAGCCUGCUGAUUGCAGCCUCUCUUGAGGGACCUUAUGCCAAGCCUUACUGUUUUCUUUCAGGGCUCCCCAGGGCAGAGCAGAGUGCAUUACUGCUAACCUGUUCUCAUUCAUGCAUUGAUCUCUCGACUGUUAAUGAGGCUCAUGCAGUCAGUUAGAGAUCUACACCUUUCGGUAACGAUUUCUUUCUUGGACUGGAGCAAUUCAUCCCUCUGUCAGCUCGUCCUUUGUUUCUCGUCCGUGUAGUCAAGAUUUUAUCUCCUUGUUCACAACUCCUAGAGAUGUAUUACUUACCAAUAGGGUUGCUACUUCAGUGGCUUCUCUUGGGAAAACUUGAUAUAUAGCAAGGUGUCGUGCGAUAUAGCUCUCACCCUGCCGGCUCAUGGCCAGCUUGUCCUGGCAUGAUCCCUGCAUGCACCAAGUCCAAAUUUCAACACCAACCAGCAACCUGUGGACCAGAAGCUGGGCUGCAUGGCUCCAUCUCUUGAGCUGAAAGAGCUUCUCUGUGGACUUGCUUCCCAUCAGAGGGCUCUUAAUUGUCUAUGUUGCCUGUUGCUAAGAUACAAUGGGUGCAUUUCUACAUCAGUGGCUUGACUACAUGUGAGAGGUCUGCCCCAAAGACCAGGAGAUAAGAAACCAUUGUUUUUAUUGUAGUUCUUUGGGUGACACCACACUAUGUCUUCAGAAGGGAAAGGGUUCAUCUGAGCUCUUGAUACCCCAUUUUCUCUCCGGUUUGUAAAGUGAAGAUUUUUAGUACUUGUUUCCCCAUCUCGCAGAUGUGUUGUGAGGCUUAAUUAGUCAACAUCUAAUGAUGGAAAGAGCUGGUUUGAGUCUGCAUGCUGCAGCAGGGCAGCGUGUGGUGCUGACACCCUGCAACAUCGCCAGGCCCAGCAUCACACAGGACAUGAAAUUUCCUGUUCUACACAACUCAUUAAAACGCCCACCCUUAACUGCCAAGGGGGAAGCAUUUUCUCUUGAGUGGGGUGGGGGGGAAAGCCUUUUGCACAGUUUUGACAUUCUCCUGCCAUAUCAUCCCCAAAAUACAAUGUCUAUUUUGAGAGCACUUCUGAAGUUGUGGCCGAAGCCCUGCCCCAUGCAGGGAAAGGGAGUAGGACCGUGGACUCCACAGGGAGUCUGCCAAUGAGUCCCGUAGGGUUAGGACCAAACCUUUAGAGUAGGACAUCCCGUUCAGCCCAGCCCUUGGUGAAGUCAACAGAUCCCCGUUGACUUCAGUGAUCACUGCGUGGGAACGACCCCAUCCGAAUUAGGGAUAACCUUUUGUUUCUUCAACUGCUGUGAGGGGAGUCAGAGCCCUGGUUUUGAAGCCAUCGCACUGGCAGCCUAUUCGCAGUGAUAUUUUGUGUGUUUUGAAGCCUAUGACUGUUCUUAAACAGAAGUAUUUUUAAUUUUUUUUUCCAUUUGUAGAAGGAAAGACAAGAGUAAUCUGUGGCAAACUGUACAGUACGUGUCUUCUUGUGGUGUCACUGUUUGAAUGGUUAUUAAGUUUUCAAAUCACUGUGGACAGCUAAUCACUUAAGUUAUUAAUUUAUUCUUUGGGGUUUUGUUGUUUUUUUAAAGUAAUUUGAAACAAUUAUUUAUCCUGUAAAUCGGUCUUGAGUGAAACCUAGAUAAUACUUUUUUUGCUGUUAAUAAACAUGGUACCUGCCUGACGUGAAGGUGAUCUCGUUUUUAAGUACUGUAUAUGCAGUGGAAAAGCAACGGGAAAAUAAAAGAAUAAUAAUAAAAAAGACCUCUCUCA